AUGUCGACCAAAGCAAGAGAGUACACCGAUCCAAGCGACUACAACCAACACCAUGAACGUUUCGAACAAGAAGGACUACCUAAAUCCCAGCAAGCAUGGAUUCAGCGAGCCAAAGAGGUCUCCGACAUUUUGGCCGAAGACGCAGCCCAGCGUGAUAUCGACAACAAGUCGCCGCGCGCCGAAGUAUCUCUCCUCAAGUCGGCUGGCCUUCUCAAGGUUCUCGGUCCUGAGAAGUAUGGUGGUGGCGAACAGAGCUGGGAGACGGGCUACAAAGUCAUUCGCGAGGUCGCAAAGGGCGAUGGCUCUCUUGGCAUGUUGCUGGGAUACCACUUGCUCUGGUCCACUACCGCCAAUGUUGUAGGAACAGACGAGCAGCAGGAGAGCGUGCAGCAAGUCAUCAUUCAGAACAACUACUUUGUCGGAGGUGCCGUCAAUCCUAGAGACUCGGACCUCAAGAUCUCCAGCGAAGGUGAUGAGAUCGUGUUCAACGGCUUCAAGAACUUCAACACUGGUGGCGUCGUCUCCGAUCUGACCGUUCUCGAAGGUGUACUCGACGGCACCGAAGACCACAUCUUCACCUUUGUCAAGACUAUCCAACCCGGCAUCAGCUUCCUGCACAACUGGGACAACGUCGGUCUUCGCCUUACAGAAUCCGGCGGCGUCAAGAUCAACGACGUUCGCGUUCCAUGGAGCGACGCCCUAGGUUGGGACGCACAAUCUAAGCGCCCGGUCCAAGAAGUCCUCGGAAUCCCCUUCGCCUCCAUGCUUCUGCCAACCAUCCAACUCGUCUUCACAAACUUCUACCUAGGAAUCGCCCAAGGUGCCCUCGGCGCAGCAUCCCAAUACACAGUGAACUCCACCCGCGCCUGGCCCUACGGUGGUGACAACAAGGACAAAGCCACGGAUGAAUGGUACAUCCUCGAACGCUACGGCGAGUACCGCGCCCACCUUGCGGCCGCCGAUGCCCUGACCGAUCGCGCCGGCGCAGAGAUCGCCAACCUUUAUCGUGAAGCGGGCCAGUAUGGCUCAGUCGUCGACCCAUCCAUUGCGGCCAAGAGGGUCAACCCAAACUACCUCGCAAACGGCAUCGACGAGACCGGGCCUCUGAACAAGACUAACCCACCAUACACCAUCUCCACCGCAGCCUCCUUCCAGCACCUUCCUGCCGAGAGCCAAACCAACGGCCACGCCAACGGCAACGGCCACAGCAAAUCCAACGGCAGAGCCGGCAUCUCCGCCCUCCGCCGCGGUGAAGUCGCAGCUUUCGUCGCGCACGCUAAAGUCGUCACUACCGACACAGGUCUUGCCGUGACUAGUGGUGUGUUUGAGAUGCUUGGUGCGAGAGCCACUGGCAAGAAGUAUGGCUUUGACAGGUACUGGAGAGACAUCAGGACGCACUCACUGCAUGAUCCGGUGGCGUAUAAGAAGAGGGAGGUGGGACGAUACCAGCUGUUGGGGGAAAUCCCAGAGCCGACUUGGUACACUUAG